UUGGGAAUAUAAUUAGCUCGUCUGCUGUUGUCAUUCUGAUAUUUAACCACGAGUUGAUGUAAGCCACCGGACGUGACGUCACUUCCUGUCGCUGACCACCAGACCCAGGAUGCCCAUCAAGUCCAGCGACAGCGACUCUCUGUCUGACCAGUUCAUUGACCUCUACGACGACGAUGACGACGAUGACGACGACGAGCUGCUUUCCUCAGAGGUCGAUGACCUCCCCGACUCGACCACGGGGGAGGACGGGGUCAAAGAUGGCGGACACUCCAGCCCAGAUGGGAGGAAGAGGAAAGCCGAGAGUCAGGACGAGGGUAGCGGUCAACGAAAACGAGGCCCGAAGAAAAAAGCUUUGACCAAAACGAGACAGGUCAAACUCAAAGUCCGCAGGGUCAAGGCCAAUGCCCGUGAACGCAACCGGAUGCACGGUUUGAACUCUGCACUGGAUGAACUCAGGAACCACGUGCCGUGCCACUCCAAGACGCAGAAGUUGUCCAAGAUCGAGACGCUCCGUCUGGCCAGGAACUACAUCCACGUGCUGGCGGAGAUCCUCAAGUCCGGCAUCCGGCCCGACAGCGUCAGCUUCGCCAAGGCCCUGUCACGUGGUCUCUCCCAGAACACGAUGAACAUGGUGGCCGCCUGCCUGCAGCUCAACCCCCGCACCCUGCUGCCAGAGUCGGCCUACGCCCAGCCCUACCAGUUCAUGUACGAGAACUCUCUGGACAUGACGUCACGCUACCCCCCUGACCCGUACGCCAUGUUCGCCCUCCAGCCCCUUGGCUGCCGCGCCGAGAUGCCGGGCAGCCAGCAGACGUUCGGACAGUGCCAACAGGUCAUGCCGUACACCAGCGUGGAGGGCUCCCCCGACCCCCUCACGCCCUACCCGUUCUCCCCGCCCGAGCCGCCGCGAAACUUCCUCCCCCCGGGCUUUGAGCCCAUCAGCAGCUCGUGCGCCAUCGGGAAUUUCCUGAGCUGCGAGCUACGGGAGCCGGACAGCCUGGCCGCCGUGGGCGAGAGGCGCCGGGCCACCCCGCGGCCCUCCACCCGGCCCGCGGGUCUCUCCCCCUCGGCCCGGGGCCCCCAGUCUCCCCGCUCCUCCUGCUCGCACUUCUCCCAAGGCAGCAGUGACCUGACCCCCAGCGCCCACAUGCGACCUCUGACCCCGGGCGCCCCACCUGAGACGACCUUGACCCUGCCAGCGAGCAGACGAGAAGGUGAGCAGCCGUCCUGCAGACAGUCUUGCUUCCUGCCCGCCCACCUGGGCAGCCGCCUGGCACCCACCUGCUCACCUGCCGUGUCCAGCGGGUUCAAUGACCUCACGCCAGAGAACAUCUUGGACAAUGACCUUGCCAUGAUCACGUCAUCUGAUGCCAUCUUCCAGCUCAACCUUCACUGUUAA